GGAUCAGUUCCCGCGACAAAUCCACCACCACGCAUGGCCGACAAAUUAUCUAUAAAGCCUAUUGACUGAACAACAAUUUGAUAUCUUUCUACAAACACUUUUUCAACAUGUCAGGAAACAACGAUAAUAGCGAGAAAACAUUCAACAUCCUUCCCCACCCAGCCAAGACUAACAACCCUGCCGACUUGACUGGUGAACCCGCGGAACACGGUGGUCUCCAAAGCGCGUCCGCCAACGCCUACAAUGCCAAGCCACCUUAUAUUCCCAGUAAAGAGAUUGCUGAGGGUUUGGAGAAGCCCAAGACCCGUGAGGAGUUAAGGGCCGAAGCGCAGCAAUUGAACUCAUAAUCUGCGAUUGCCUCCAAAGGUACGGAAGAUAUGAUGAAGAAGAUUGUAGACUAGUCCGCUGUCGUGGAAUGUGCAAUACCGUUGUGAUACAAUUGUCCCUGCUGUCA